AUGGGGGACUCGAAGCUUUGUCUGCUGAUGCUCCUCAUCGCACCUGCCUUCACUUAUGCCCAAGAGGAGCCGACGUCCUGUCUGUUGAACAAAAGGUACAAAGCCUACAACAAGUAUGAAUACAUGUAUGAAGCUGAGUCCUUGAAUGCCAUCAGUGGAGGUUCACUUCUCAACAAUGGUCCUAAGGUCACCUGUAAGGUUGAGAUCGAAGUGCCUCAGACGUGCAGCUUCAUCAUCCGCACAUCUGGCUGCAGCCUGAGCGAGGCGCUCCACUCGAGCCCAGAGGGAAAGCCUGUGUACAGGCCUUCAGCCACUUCUGAUGCCUUUGCUGCUGAAAUGGAGCGGUAUCCUCUGAAGGUCGUGGUUGAGGGUUUGUAUGAUGUAAAGCUGUACACUGAGGAUGGUGAGACAACGACAGUCCUGAACAUCAAGAGAGGCAUCGUCUCCACCCUGGCUGUGCCUCUGCUGGAGGAAGACAGGAACAAGAACAUGCCCACCAUCCACGGCAUGUGCAAGACUCAAUUCACCGUCAAUGCUAGAGAGGAAAUAGCAACAGAUAUCAGCCUCACCAGAGAUCUGUCCAGAUGUGACAAAUUCAACCCAAUAAGAGAUCAUACCAGCCCUCUGGCCCUCAUCUCUGGCAUGCACUAUCCUCUUGCUCAGCUGGUCAGAAGCUCCCAAACCUGCAACUACAAGUUUGACAACGAGAAAAAACACAUGACCUCUGGCUCCUGCACUGAGAACCACAUCCUCAUCCCCUUCUCACACAAGUUUUACAAACUGGAAGGAAAACUGAUCCCUGAGAUUUUCUCUGUUGCUGAGUUCAUGGCUGCCCAGCUGGGCGACUGCACUGGAGACAAGGACGAGACUUUCAUGAAGCUGAGAGUGAUUGGAAACAUGGCUUCAGCUGUGAUCCCUGCUGGUCCUGCACUCAGAGGCUCUGUGAUGCAGUGUGUGAACCAACCUGCAGCUUCUCCAGCUGUGCAGCAGGCUGCCAUCCAGGUGUUCAGGCUGACCCCCGUCCCUGCGGAGGUGAGGGGAGUGUUCAUGCAGGUUCUGUUGGACAACGCCAGCCCCAUGCAAAAGCGUAUUGCUGCAUAUCUGGUACUCAUGAAGGACCCCCAGCCAAGUGAACUGACCCAGCUGGCUAAUGCCUUGCCCAAUGAGCAGGACCAACAAGUCAAGAGCUUUGUCAUCUCCCACAUGACCAACAUUUUGUCCUCAAGCGUGCCUGAGACCCAGGAACUGAGACAGAAGAUUCGUGAUGCCCUGCAGGGUAAUGAGAUCGGGCCCACUAUGGACCCCACCAAGUUCUCUCGCAACUAUAAGAUCGGAUCUCUGGAGGGCAACAUGAUCUUUGAGGACACCAGCUACCUGCCCAAGGAGGUCAUGCUUGAAAUGACUCUGAAGGCAUUUGGCUUUGAUGUUGACAUGAUGGAGAUCGGCAUGGAGGGCAAAGGAUUUGAGCCAACAGUUGAUGCUCUGUUCGGACAGAGUGGAUUCUUCCCUGACAUCGCCCUGAAGACGAUGUACUUCGUCUCUGACAACAUGCCCCAGAAAGUCAAUGAGAUCCUGCAGAACAUUAUGCCUGCUUACAAAAGGGACAGGAUGAACAGACAGGUCUCCCACAACUUUAUGAGAGAGAUCGGGCGCAACAUCAACAAACUGGUGAGGGAACUGAAGUCUGCAGAGUCUCCAGAGGCCAUGGUUUAUCUGAGACUUUUGGGAAAUGAGCUGGGUUAUCUGAAGACCAGUGAAAUUGAAGGGAUGGCCUAUUCUGCUGCCAUGAUGAUCGACAGCAUGCUCAAGAUGUUCCCAGCUGAUCUGCUGAAGGCGCUGAUGACUAAGGCUGACAACACUUUCUUUGCCCACUACAUCUUCAUGGACAAUGAGUUCUUCCUGCCCACUGUCACUGGUGUGCCUCUGAGGGUUUCACUGUCUGGUACUUUCGCCCCUGGUAUCAAGGGUGGAAUCAAUAUUGCUCGUGACAUGAGCAAAGUAACCUUCACACCCUCCGCUGGCAUCGAGUUUGUAACUCGGUUUGGCUCCCACAUCCCAGAAUAUGCCAACUCUGGAUUAGAAAUGUACACCAACCUUUUCCAUGAGAGUGGCCUCAAUGCCAGGAUCUUCAUUGGACCGGACCGAGUCAAGCUGACCAUUCCUGCUCCAACGGGUCCAACAAAACUCAUCAACCUAUCAAACAAGCUUAUGGCAGUGACUGGAUCAGAAGUGAAGACCAUCCCUCCUAUGGUGAUGGACAAGGUUGAUGUCCGUGAGUGCACUCCAGUCUUCGCUGGAAUGAAAUACUGCUCUGAGCUACAGUACACUGAUGCUUUCUCUCAGGAGACGGCCCCGUACUUCCCCUUCACCGGAGACAGCAAAUUUGCUGUGGAGCUCCAUCCUACCGGUGAAGUCACUGAAUACACAGCCACUGUUGCCUACGAGCUCCUCAAGGAGGGAGAUGAUGGCCGGCAGAAGGUUGACUCUGUGAACUUCAUUCUGAGGGCGGAGGGUGCAGAUCCCACUGAAGCCAGAGCAGUCAUGAAGUACAACAGAAGAAAAAAUGCCAUCACAGCCGACAUCCAGAUCCCUGACUACGAUGUAGAGGCCGGUCUUAGGUUGGGUGUUGUUGAUGGAAACACCAAGGGCAAAGGAACUCACUCCAUCUCUCUCGACUUCGUCAACAAGAACAUCCCUCAGCUCUCCCUGGUUGGCCGCGCCAAUCUGAAGGCCAUGAAGGAAGGUAUGCUGCAAGUCCAGCUUCUGGUCCCCUCAAUCAGUGCUGAUGCCACUGUCACCGCUAACAUGAAACGUGAUCAGGAGUUGGAACUGGAACUUAAGAGUGAAAUCAGGCUCCCGGGAACAACAUCUGAGCAGAAAAUCACAAUGAAAUAUGACACCAGCAAGAUGGAGGUUGGAUUGAAGUCGGAUGUGAACUCUGAGAUCUUGGACGUGCUCCCACGUUCUGACAUGAUUCAAAAGUAUGGCAACGAUCUUCUUGACAUGCAGCUUGGAGAGACUGACAUGAAAGUCCGUCAGAUCUUCAAGGCAUUUGUGGAAGCAACAAACAGCCAGUUGGAAGUGUAUGCAGCUGAUUAUCCUUCCAUUCAGAACUUCAAAGUGCCUGAUAUGCCUGAGAUUACACUGCCCGAGACACUGUUCCUGAAUACUGAGACCAAGGCUGUCUACCACUUCAACACUGAACGUGUCACCAUUGUUAUACCUCUCCCUCUUGGAGGAAAGUCAACGCAGGAGCUUAACUUCCCCCCAGCUUUGACAACGCCUAACGUGGUUUUACCCCAGUUUGGACUGGAGAUCAUCUCUGUAGAGAUUCCUAUCCCAGAGUUGGUUUUCCCCGAGAGCCUUACUUUUCCUCUUCCUCUUUUUGGCAAAGCUGAGGUUGUAACUGCAAUGAGGAGCAACUUAUACAACAUCGAGGCUUCAGUGGCUGCUGGCAAAGAUGUUGUGGAAACACCAAGCUACUCAGCUAAGUUCGAUGUGAAAGGAACCUCCCCAAUUGAGAUCCUCUCAAUGAAGAUGGAAGGCUCUGGGAUGUUGGCCACCACUGACUCCAUCAAAGCACAGCUGAAAAGCUCUUUGGCCCAUAAAUUCAUUGAAGCCAGUUUUAGUAUUGUUGAGGAUGCAACCAUCACAGAUAAAAUCAACAUGAAAUCUAGCAGCAAGAUGGAAGCCAAAAGCCCAUUUGGUCUCAAUGUUGUCUUUGAGCACGACGGCAUGGUUGGAAUCAACACUGAAGAAAUGUCUGCUGACAACAAGUUUGAGGGGAUGUUUGCAGCUGGACCUAUCUAUGGCAAGACCACCUCAACCCAGUCAUUCAACAUCUUCCCAUUCAGACCAGAAGCAAAGAUUGAUUCUAAUGUUCAGUUAGACUCCACCUUUGUUAAGGCCCAGAACACAAUCGCUGCAACACUUCUCAAUGGCGAACUCUCAGUUGUGUCUAACACUAAUGCCUUUGAAGACACUUUCACUCAUGUUGCUGACCUUUCCUUCAAAGACAGCAAGCUGUCACUGAAAUGUGAUGCAAAUGCCUUUGCUUUUGGUAUGAAGAUCCGUAACCAGGCUGAAGCAUCUGCUGGUGCCGGUAAUGUGGCCAUGAAGAUGGAAACAAAUGCAGACCACUCUGACAACCGUGUUUACUCUCUGCUGACUGCUUCUCUUGAUGUCAAUGGUCUGGUUGUCAACAGCGACGCCAACAUCAAGCUUCUUGAGAAUGAGGCUACUCACAAGGCUUCUCUGAAAAUGAACAAGGAUGGUUUGACCACAAGUGGAACAACUACCCUCCAGAGCCCCCUGUCCUUCGAAAACACCUUUGAUGCUGGGCUUGAUUCUACAAGGGCUUCUCUGUCCAUUACCAACAAGGCAGCAAUCAGAGAAAUGAAGGUUGAUAAUGCCAACACUCUGACCAUUACUCGGUCUAGCCUUGACUUUAACUCAAAGGCUGAAGCCACUGCAAGUGAAUAUGCCUCUUACACUCAUGAUAUCACCUUUGACCUGAAACCGUACACUGCCUCUGCAAAUGUUAAGAAUAACCUCAAACUUCUGGAAGCUGAAUUCAUUAAUGAGGCACAACUGCAAGCUGAGCUUUACAAGAUGGACCUGACCGGAAGCCUGAAGGCCAUCUAUGGUGAAGAAGAGAUCAAGCACAUCUAUCAGGUCAGUUAUGCUGAUAUGAUCGCCAAUGCAAAGUGCGGCACCACUGGAAAACUCUUUGGAACUCAUAUGAGCCACAACACUGAACUCGAAGUUAUCGGCCUGGCUGCCAGGUUCAGCAAUGAUGCCCGCUUCAACUCACAGCCAGUGCGCUUUGACCACACCAUCCGUUGCAGCAUUGUUCCUUUCGAUUUCAACCUAGACGCCAUCUUCAAUGCUGAUGGAGACGUGACCAUGUAUGGAAAGCACAGUGCCCAGCUCUAUGGCAAGCUCCUUGUGAAAGCACAACCUCUGGCUUUUGCCAGCUCACAUGAAUGCAGAGCAUCAGUGAACCAGCAGCUGAAUAAUGGUUUGUCCCUUCAGACCACAUUUGACAACAACAUGGACAAUGUGCUGUCACUCCAAGAGCAGAAGACUAGUUUUAGAAUGAAGUCCAAACUGAAUGAGCAUGCCUUUAAUCAAGACUUAAGUAUUUACAACACUGCUGAGAGAACUGGAAUCGAGGCUUCAGGCACCAUCCUUACAAACAUCAUCAACUCAGUCUCUGCAGAUAACCAGGAAUUCACCAUCUCUGGCUUCUUAAAGUAUGACAAGAGCACAAAUAGUCACAUGAUUUAUAUUCCCAUAUUUGAAAGUUUUGCUGUUUUUAUGGACAGGAUUAAGGUGCUUGCUGUACAUGUUGCGGAGGCACUGCAAGACUACAUCAACAAUGACGAGGUCAGGGCUAAACUUGAGGCUCUUCCCGAGCAGAUAAGUGACUUUGUUGCUCAAAUGAAUAUUGAAGACAAGGCAGUUCAGCUGAAACAGUAUUUCCUAGAUUUUACCCAGAACUAUGCCAUCUCCAUGGAAGAUGUAGAAGCCUCUUUGAGAAACUUGAAGAUUGCUGUUCAGAAAAUUCUGGCUGAUCUCACUGUUUACAUCCAGAACUUUGUUAGUCUGAUAAAGGAGACUUUUGUUAGUGCCAACUUCCCAGAGGUCUUUGCUCAGCAGAUCCAAAACUUGCUGAAUGCCAUUAAUGAGGAGUAUGACAUCAAGGGUAUGCUUGUGUAUGUGAUUGAGACCAUAAGAGAGUUUGUCCAUCAGAUUGACCUGAACAAAGUGAAGGGCAGCAGUAUUGCAUUCCUGUAUGAUAUUGAUGCCAAGUAUGGAAUCAAGGAUAGUCUAGAGGAAGGUAUGAGGGGUAUUAGACAGACAGUUGAGAGGUUUGACCUGGCGAAAUUUGCUGCUGAGUGUAGGAGGUUCGUUUCAGAUGUGAUGAAGUAUUGCAUUGAUGUACUUGUGAAUCAGGCUCCCCCAAAGAUUCUCAGUGAUGUCAUAGACAAUACUCUGGAAAUCAUUCAGAACCUCGACAUUGCUGGUAACAUCAACGCAUUCUUUGCCAGGAUGAAGGAGUUGAUUGUAAAGUUUGAGGUUGACAAAAAGGUUCAGGCUGUCUUGGAAAAAGCUGUGGAGCUCAUUAAACAGUACAGGAUUGAGGAAACCAUCAGUGCUGGAGUCAGAAUGGUGAAAGAUGCAGAUAUUCCUUCCAAAUUCAUGCAGGUAUUCCAGGAUGUUAUUAACUAUUUGAAAGCAAUGGAGAUUAAGGACAUAAUUUCCAAGCUGAACACAUAUAUUGACAUUAUUGAGGAGAAAAUUAGGUCAUUUGAUUACAAUGACUUUGUAGAUCACAUCAAUCAAAUCAUUGCAAAGUACACUGCAAAUGUAAAUGACCUGAUCAGAUCUCUUGAAAUCCCCCAGAAACUCAAGGCAUUGAGAGAUUUUGCCAACUUUGUCGUAUCCUCUGUUCGGGAUUCUGUAGACCAACUGAGAGGAGUUGAUAUUGCAGAAUUUAUUAAAACUGCAACAGGUACCAUUGACAAGGUUGUGUUUAAUAAUCUCAAGCAAUUUGCUGAAAUUAUUAAGGAGAAAAUUGUGCAACUGGAUUUUGAAAUCCCAUCACAGCUGGACAUUCCUGAGUUUACUAUCCUGGGUUUUCACACUGUGCCAGCCACUGUCCUAUCAGCCAAUGACAUUAAACAGAGAAUCAUUGACUUCAUUGAUUUAAUUCUCAACUUUGAGCUGGAGAUGUUUAAUAUUGGUGCUUCAUAUGGACACCUGACUUUAAGCUACCUUCCCACUCUGCCUGAGUUGUCACUUCCUGAGAUUACUGUACCUGAGUUCUCUUUUCCCACACUUCCUCAUUUUCCAGCAGACAAACUUGUGAACUUUCCUCUAGAAAUGCCAACAAUUAAGCUGCCAGUAAUCCCCAGUGGGAUUAUGAUUCCAGCAUUUGGUAAACUGAGCUAUGAGAUAAAGAUGAACAUCCCCAUCUACACCAUUAGGAAUACUGCAGAAAUCCAGAGCUCCCUUGAUGUAGAUGAGAACCCACAGUUGACAGCUUUUCUGACUUCCCAAGGCAAAUCUCCAACAUUUGAAAUCCUUAACUACAAUCUGGAUUCCAAUGCUCGGAUUGCUAUUCCCAAGGAGCAUGAUGUGAGUGCUCGUGAGACCCUGAAGUUCACUCAUGUUUUCCUUGCAGUGGACCACCAAGCAUCUGUAACAUUUUCUGACUUCUCAGCCCAGGCCUCAGCCAAGACCACAGUAAAGGCUACCACAGCACCCUACAGUGCUGAGCUUUUAAAUGAAGCUUUCUUAGCCACCAGAGGUGGUUUGUCUGCCUCUGCUGACACCUCCUAUAAACAUACACUCAUCCUUCCUGGCCUCACAAGUGAUGCCUCUGCUACUCAAAAAUCUGUGGCACGCCAAGAAGGUACCUCUGUUACAUUUACUGUUGAAAAUCAAGGCACUAAUACAUACAAUUCUCAUCAGCUUACCCACAAGAGUGACUUACAAGUCAUUGCCAGUCCAGAUACAGUCAAGGUGACUUUGACAGGUGACACAGAUGCAGUGCUUCUAAAGAUGACACAGACCCUGAGUGCUGAUUUUGCCAUGUUCAGCAAUUUCAAGUUUGAUGUUCGCUCUGAAGCAGAAGGCCCCGCAAUCAGAAAGAGUCUUAUAGAGGGAUCAGUAAAUGUCAAUUUUCCUGACAGAAAGCUUGAGUAUAAGGCCACACAUAGUACAGAUCUAGUUGGUAUUGUCAGUGGUGCCUUAAACAAUGUGAUUUACGUUGUUGUCUGUCCCACAGAGGUUGUGUUUAGCUUUCAAAAUAAGGGAAACACAAGGGUCAGUUUUAAUGAUGCUCUUACUGCCAAAAUUGAUCUGCAGAAUGACUACUCAGCGAACUUAAGGCCUGACAAUCAACACAUUAACACUGUGGCUCUGGCCCGUCUUAAUCAGUACAAGCUGUUGUGGAACUUCACUGUAGAGCAUAAUGACAAGGAAGCUGCUCUUCUUGCUGCCGUGGAGGGGAAAGCAAAUCUUGAUUUCCUGACUAGGCCCAUUAGCAUUCCUGAGAUAGAGCUGCCUUUUGUUGACUUCCAGACCCCAGCCAUUAGUAACCUCAACUUGUAUGAGCAAACUGGGCUAAAAUACGUUUUGACGACCCCUGAGCAGAGUGUUGAUGCAGAUGUUAAGAUUGUUUACCAAAAAAGCCAAGCUGACACCCUUGCCAAGAAUACUGGUCUGAUUCCCCCUAUGGGCAACCUGAUUACAGAGCUGUCUUUCAAGUCUGCCAUCAUUAAUCUGAAUGCCAAUGCUGGAAUGUAUACCGAGGAUGAUCUUGUGUUCCGUCUUGGAGCCACCACCGCCUCUGUGUUUGACAGUCUAAAAGCCAAACUUGAUGGCACCACCAGUCUGACCACCAAGAGAGGAAUCAAACUGGCCAAUUCCCUGUCCCUCGAAAAUCCUCACAUGGAAGGCACUCAUGACAGCACCAUCAGCGUGAGCACUGAGACUUUCGACAGUGCCAUCUCUGUGGCUACUGUUGCAAAGAUCGCCCUGCCGAUACUCAACCUGGAAGCAAACCAAAAUCUGGUUGCAGACACUAAAACCAAAGCAAAUGCUGUCUCCACCUUCAGGGUGACGGGUAAUUUCAACAUCCCUAUGAUCAAGGCUGUUGGAAAGGCCGACGCAGAUCACAGUCUGAAGAUGGAAGGAACCUUUGACUAUGUUUCCAUGGAGUCAUCCAUCAAAGGAAGCAUGGAUGGCAGCGUGUUUGAAGACUAUAUAGUUUUGGGAGUCCUGGAUAAUGAGGCAAAUCUCUACCUGAAUAGUGAUGGCCUGCGCUCCACUUCCAAGGUUAUUGCUGAUGCCAAGCUUAACUCCGGUGCAACCAAAGUCAUUGGCAUGGAUGUAAAUGAGAAUCUGGCCAUUGAAGCCUCCCUGAGCCGUGUGUAUGCAGUGUUGAAGUACAUUGGCAACAACGAGGCAAACAUGUUCAACUUCAAUACCAAGGGAAAACAAAAUGCUCAGGCAACCAUUGACUUUGCACCAAUCUCUUCCUUGACUGCUGAUAUUGAGAUUGACAUGUCUCAGCCAACCAGCCUGGGUGACUUCACUAUCUAUGAGAAGACUGUUGCUGAAGUGACAGCUGCCAAACAGAAGAUCUCCACCAAUGCUAAGUUUGCCAGUCCACUGUACACCACAGAGAUGACCACUGAGGUGGAGGGCAGUGUUCCUGUCUUCAAAGUCAUCUACAAGUCCUCUGCUACCUCUCCUAUCGUCAUCUUGGAAUAUGACCUGGACUCCUCCAUUACCAUGAACGUUGAAGAUGCUGGCCUGGGCCUGACUGGGAAGGCGGUUUUCAGAAACAGUGAUUUCACCAUGGACAUUACUCCUAUUUUUUCACAUACACUGAGGUAAAAAUUGUAAACCGGCUCCCAUGUCACCCUAAAUGUGGACAUAACCAGCCCUGACUUCACUGACAUGAACUUGCGCUAUGCCAUUCGCAAAGACGGAAUCAGUGCCACAAUUUCUGUACCAUCUACUGGUCUCCUUGGUGUUCAGCUCAAUGGCAAAAUCCCGUCUCAGAUAAACUUCAGGCUUUAUGGCCGUUACGCUUCCGAACCUGGAAAAGAUGUUGAUAUCGUCACCGCCAAACUCUCCAACAAGGACACGGACAAGAAAGUUAAUCUGAAGAUUGCCUUCAAGAUGGACGCCCCAGAAAUUAUGCUCAGCGGAUUACAGGAAAGGCUUCCUGCCAUCACCUCCUGUUUGUCGAGCUUUGCUGAAAAGUACCAACUGUACGGACAUGCUGCUCAGCUGAAGAACAUUAUUACUGACUCUAUUGAGGAGGCCUACAACUCUGCAAACACCCAUGCCUCACAUCUGAGCCAGGUGUCCAUCCUCUUUAGGAACACUGUCAUUCAGUACCAGAAAGCUGUUCAGGGCUUCCUGAAUGCUGCCAUCAGGUUCCUAAGAGAGACCCGGGUCAAAGUGCCCGGCUCUGAUGAGAUGACCCCUCUCAUUGAGGUGAUCGAUAAGCUGACCACUCGUGUUACCAAUAUGAUAGAAAAGGCAAGUCACAUGGUGUCUGUUAAUGUUGAAUAUGCUUUUAACGCACUGGUUAGCGUGAUCAGUAAAAUCGAGGUUACAAUGCCUGUUGGUGAUGUCAUGGCUGGAGCCAAAAUAAUCGAACAAGUUAGGGAGUGGCUGAAGACUACGCCUAAUCCAGCUGUGGGUAUUUUGAAGCACCUGAAGAGUUUGGACAUGUCUCUGGAAAAACUGGGUGCCGCCCUCAAAUCCUUUGUUGACAAAGCUCAAGACUUUGUCGAUAACAGCCUGAAGUCUGAUGUCCUCGAUGCCAUUGCUGUCUACAUUAAUGCUUUCUAUGUUAAACAAGUCAGCUUAAUGAAAGCAGCCAAAGAGUACGUAAACUUAGCUAUGACCAGCGAAUAUAUAAAUGACACCAUCAAUUAUAUUCUGAAGGUUGUCAGAGACGCAAUGAAUCAACUCAACAGCGCUGUUACUGAUUACGUGCAGCAGGCUCCUGCUGAGUACAGGUCUUAUUUAAAAGUAAAGGGUAAAAAGCUGGAGAUUAGUAUUUGA